UCCAAUUUAAAUUCUUUUGUGUACAUUCACGUUUUCAUUAGACAUCACUUUCAAAACGCACCAUGAAUUUUCACUUUUAUCUGCUUUCGAUAAUCGUAUUUACGUCGAUAUCAAGAAAAAGUGACGGACUCUUCAUGGAAGAGCCUCGGACUGAAAUAGAAUAUCAGCCAAUAGGGGAAGUCGAACGGAAAGAGAUUAACGAGUCAUCUGCAUCAGAAGUAUCCAACAACCCACUUCCAGCUGAGCCCGAGCAUGCUCAAGUUGUCAGUACAGAGCACGUGACAAAUAUAGAUCCAUCUAAGACUUCCAUGCCUGCAUCAGCCUCUAUUCAGCUUCCUGGGGUACCACCAGUGAGUGGUAGGCCCCCGGGUAGCGAAAAGGAACCACUUCCCCCUCCUUCCGUUGAGCCAGCUGGGUGCCAUAAAGUGAUGGACUUAGGAAUCCUUAUGGACUCCUCUCAUAACAUCUCUCCGUCGCUUUGGGAAGAAGAGAAGUCAAUUGUUGUGACUGUCAUGGAUAAACUUGACAUAACUCUUCUUGGAACACAUAUGAGUGUAAUGACACUCAGUUCAGAGGUGGAAUUUCCGAUCCCAUUCAAUGGAUACAGGGACGAGGUUGAUCUAAAGAGGAAAAUAGCAGAGUUGCCUUAUAAUUACCACUCUGGAUUGUCUCGGGUAGAUCUUGGAUUGAGUGCAGUCAAGGAGCGAAUGUUUGAUCCUCGGGUUGGAGUUAGGGCCAAAGUGCCAAGGGCUCUUUUGAUGUUUACCAACGGACUAACAGACGGAUCACAAAGUGCAAAGAUUCUUCAAGCUGUCGAUGAUCUCAAAGUUGCUCAAAUAAAAGUCAUAUACGUUAAAUUGGGAAAUGUAACAAAUCAAGAUUUCUUAACGACUGCAAGAAAGAAUUCUUUGGUGUUCAGCGAGAAUGACAUUGAUGGCCUUUCAGGGGCGUUACUGGAUACAUGUGUUGAAAUCUGCAGCAGUGAAAAGAGUACAAAACCAGUUACAUUAGCAGCAUCAGUACCACCCCUUGCACCUACACCUUCUCCUUGGCCUGCCACUCAACCUGCACCAGCUCCCUAUCCUGCACCCAUACAGCAGCCUCCUGUCCAAUGUCCAAUUCCAGGGUGCAGCUUUCCAUUGGUUUGUGUCCAAGCUUCGAUUUAUGCGACUUGUGUUCCUCCUCCUAAUCCAUCAACAUAUAACCGGGCUGGAAGUUCUGAUCAGUGUGUCACCAAAGGUUACGAAAAGUGUGAUCCCAGCGACAAAGAAGAGUGUGUCGGCGAUAAGAACGUCAAUUUUGUUUAUGGAAUCGAUGUUACAGUACCCGUGACCACUCCACCUCGGACUCCCUCUCCCGCCCCACCGGUGACAUUAGUAACAGUGUCCACACCGACACAGCCUCCUUCUCCAACAUCAGAAGUCAAACCCGAACCAACACCUAGUCGCCCAGCCACACCUACAGUGUCCUCCUCAGUGACACCAAACCCAGCAACUCCGGGCUGCACAGUGAAUUACACCAAAUUAGGUUGUUUCAAAGAUGACAGAAAGAAACCCCGCCCAUUACCAGAGCUACUUUCCACUGAUCGCGACUCACGUAGCAAGGUCUUCAGCGGAAAGACCAUAGACUGGAACAAUUGGGACACAUAUAUGAUUGGUUUGGUUUGCCGAUGCGCUGAGGCAGCUAAAGCAAAGAAGUACAACUAUUUCAGCCUUCAACACUUUGGCGAGUGUUGGUCUGGACCGGAAGCUGGAGAGACAUAUAACCGGGCUGGAAGUUCUGAUCAGUGUGUCACCAAAGGUUACAAAGAAUGCGAUCCCAACGACAAAGAAGAGUGUGUCGGAGAUAAGAACGUCAAUUUUGUUUAUGGAAUCGAUGUUACAGGAACAGUGACCACUCCCACAAAGCCUCCUACGCCGACACCACCAGCAGAACCCUCAUGUGAUCAAGCCUUGGAUAUCGGGGUCGUCAUUGAUUCGUCAGAUAGCAUAACAUUGGAGGAUUACAACCUUUGUUUGAAGUUUGUCGCCGAUUUAGCCAAGCGUUUUAAAGUAUCUGAACAGGAGACUCAUUUCGGUGCUAUAGUAUUCAGUACAACACCACAGCUUCAAUUCAGUUUCGCAGACAAAGAAUUUUACAAACUUAAACGCCUGAGAAAGAAGAUAAGGAGCUUCCCUUAUUUAGCAGAAGGAACUAGAACAGACUUGGCCCUUACGCUUGCUGACCUGGAGCUGUUUUCCGAGCAGGGAGGGGACCGGCUCGAUAAGCCUGAUGUUUUGAUUGUUAUUACUGAUGGAAGAACCCACCCUGUGUUAAGCAAACCGUACCCAGAGGUUUUACAACCACUUCAGGCUAAGAAUGUUAGAGUCAUAGCUGUUGGUGUCGGAAAGGAUGCGGAUAGUAAAGAGUUAACAGCCAUAGCCAUGAAUGAUAAGAAUCACGUGUUGAAGGUCGAUCAGUACAAGGAUCUAGUUAAAAUUCUUGACAUUAUUUUAAAAGAAUCGUGCCACAAAGCCACACCUCCUACCGCCAUUACAACACCUCCUCCGUCCCCUGCGAUGGCUGCUAACCUUCGUAAAUGUAACAUCGAGUACCAAAAGCUUGGCUGCUUUGUCGAUAAGCAGCCUAAGACUAGCACACUUGCUCUACCUGAAAAGAUGUUGAACGAAGUCGUCAACUGGGAUCAGUGGAAUGUUUGGCUUCCAGAUUUUGUGUGCAGAUGCGCCAAUUUAGUUUAUGAGAACAACUAUAAUGUGUUUGGAAUUCACCUUUUCGGAGAGUGCUGGUCCGGUGUCAAGGCUGGUGAUACUUACAAUAUGUAUGGUACAGCAGAGGAAUGUUUAGACACAAACCAACAGCAGUGUGGCGUUCAAUCAGUCAGAGAGUGCUCAGGAGACCAGAAUUCCAACUUCGUCUAUCGCAUCAUCAUCUCCCAAGGGGCACAAGUAGAACCCUCUCCUGUUCCUGAAACAGCAAAAAAGAGACAUGGAUUGAAGGAGAACUGUCUGGUGGACUUCAUCAAGAGAGGUUGUGUUAACGACUUGCAAAGUCGGAGGCCUUUGCCGCAAUUGAUGUUCACAGAUCUUGACAUCAACAACGCUAAGUUCAGCGGUUUCCCAGUGGACUGGGGAAGCUGGAAUAGUUAUAUGGAUGAUGUUGUUUGUCGGUGUGCCGAGAUUUCGCGGUCAAAAGGUUUUGAUUAUUUUGGACUGGGAAAUUUUGGUGAAUGUUGGUCAGGGAAAGGUGCUCAAAAGACAUAUGACAAAGAAAACACUUCUCCAUUCUGCAUUACAAAAGAAUUUGCUGAAUGUAAUGCAGAAGAUGAACAUGUUUGCAGUGGAAACAAAACUACUGCGUUUAUCUACAGUGUGAAGGAGAAUCACAACCCCAAGAAAGAGAAGAAUUGCUUCACCCAAUUUCAAAAUGUCGGGUGUUACGAAGACAAGCAAAUCAGUCCUCGUCCAAUACCAGAACUUAUUUUUACCGAUAUGGAUAUUAAUUCACCAAAAUACAGCGGCAAAAAAGUGCAGCUGGGGGAAUUGGACACCUAUAUUGACGACGUUCUCUGCCGGUGCGCUGAGCGUUCCCAGAAGCUUGGUUACGAGUACUUUGGAGUGCAGAAUCACGGUGAGUGUUUUUCCGGAAACAAUGUUGAGCAAAGCUACAGCAAGGAUGGUUCAUCAAAGCAAUGUAUCACAAGAGACUUCCAGCAGUGCCCAGAAAUAAAACCUAGCAGUAAAGAGACUCAGCAAGACUGUAUCGGAGUGCAAGGCUCUAACUAUGUUUACCGCAUCAGAAAUUUGGCGAAAGAAAACAAAAUGGACGCUGAGAAGUUGCAUCUAGGAAAGUGACGUGACUUUCGAUUACGUAGUAGCGGACUCCAAGAAUAUUGUGAUAUCUGCUAAAGUUCCAGUUCAAUUAUUUAUCGAAUAGUUUGUUCAGAAGAACUCAAAUCGAUAUUUCUGGUCAUUUGUAGUCUGCGCAAAUUUCCUAUUAGCCUUCUGUAUAGUCAGUGCUUAACGAAACGAAAGUUUCUCGUUUCAAUUAACUAAGAGUCAAAAUACCUCACACCGAACGGCACGCUUAAAUGAACUUAUGUCGGAUUUUGACAAAUUUUUAUCACGCGUCUUUCAACACGCUGUGAACUAGGUAUAAUGAGGACCAUUUUCGACCCAUAGUUCACGGAAUUUACCUGAACUAUCAAUAUAAAGUUUUUGUCGGCACGGAGUGUCGAGUGCUCGCAACGAUCACUAUGCACCACAUCAAAAUUCACUCAAAAUUGAUUUUCUACAACUCUAAAAUAACCAGACAGGUGCGCAGCUGAGCAGAACUGGUAACAUUGAAUAACAUCUUUUCCCCUAUUUAUUGGUCAGGGAAAUUCAAUUUAAAUGUGAGAUUCAUAAUCGUGAUUUGUUACAAAUGUUUUAAACCGGAAAUUGCAGAAUCAAGUUCUUGUGUACGUCAUUCUGUUUAGAGUAAUUCUUUUUUAGACCUUUACAGAUUGAAAAAUGAAAAACAUUUUUCAUUGUCUCCUUGGAUAACCAGUCAGGGGAGACUCCCAGUUUCUAGGGGUAGAAGUACCAUAGCUGCUAUUACCGUCGGUCAUGCGUGUGCCAGGGCUCAAAACUGCAACGCAAAUAUAGUCUCGUCGGACUUUAAAAGGGAACCAUACUCCUUCAAGAGAGGAUAGAGAGACUCUUUAUAAUGUAAAACGUAGAACUUCCGGGUGACCGCCGGAAAAAGGAGAAGGGUGUCUGCAAAUGUCAUUAUCAUAAACCAUUCUGAAUCGAUCGAGAUGAUUGCCAUGAAGGGUUCAGAUGUACAAAAAAUUACAAUAAAUUUACAUAAU